AUGUCCUCUGAAGGCGACCCAUCUAAGCCAACAACACCUAAUUCAGGCGACCAAUUGCCUAAUCAGAAUACUGCAGAGGUCGAUGCUGACGGAAACCCAAAGUCUCCAGAAGUUCCAUUUAAAGCAGAAGUUACAGAAUUAAAGCCAGGAACAUUACAACCACAAAACCAAAAAGCAUCACCACUUGGUGGCAAAUCUGCAUCACCUUUUGGUGCUUCAACUGCAAAACCAUUCGGAUCAUCUGCAUUUGGUCCAAAGCCAGCAGGAUCAAAUCCAUUUGGAAAACAAGCAGGCUCAAAUCCUUUUGGAGGUUCUACAUCAACUGGUUUUGGUGGAAAGCAAUUAGGCUCAAACCCAUUUGCAAAAGCACCCGGAGCUUCAUCAAACCCAUUCGCAGCAAAAACAUCUUCCCCAUUUGGUGCAAAAUUAUCCGGAGAAAAGAAAGAUGAAAAAGCAGAGCAAGCUCCAGCUGAAGAAAAGAAAGACGCUGCUCCAACUACACAAACCUCUCCAUUUAAAUCUGGUGGAUCACCAGGUAAAUUCGGUGGAUCUCCAUUUGGCUCUCCAAGUAAAUCUCCAUUUGGCGGUGCAUCCGCAACUACAUCUCCAUUUGGCGGUCCUAAACAAGCAUCUCCAUUUGGUGGCUCUGCAACUGGCUCUCCAUUUGGCGCAAAGAAGCCAGGAAGUAACGAAGAAAAGAAGGAAGAAUCCAAGCCAUCAGAACCUGUUGAAAAGAAGGAAGAAAACAAAGAAGAAAAGAAACCAGAAGCCAAACCAUCUCCAUUUGGUGCUGGUGCUAAACUAGUUUUCAGUGCUAGUACAUCAAAGCCAUUCGGUGCUGGUACAUCUCCAUUCAGUACUGCUAAAACAAGUCCAUUUGGUGCUUCAGCAGGAGCAAAUCCAUUUGGCGCAAAGAAGUUAGGAAGUAACGAAGAAAAGAAGGAAGAAGCCAAGCCAUCAGAACCUGUUGAAAAGAAGGAAGAAAACAAAGAAGAGAAGAAGCCAUCUCCAUUUGCUAAUCCAUUUGGAAAGAACGUAGGUGUUGCUCACAAUCCAUUUAUGAAGAUUAAAACAGAACAACCAACUGAACAAAAGAAGGAAGAAGUUCCAGCUAAGGCAGCUGCUCCUCCAAUGAGCGCAUUCACAUCAAAGGCACCAGAUGCAUCCAAAUUCGCAACUCCAGGAACAACAUCCAAAGCUGCAGCUCCUCCAAUGGGUUCAUUCACUUCCAAAGCUCCUGAUGCUUCUAAGUUUGCAACUCCAGGAGCUUCAUUAGCCAAAGCAGCUGCUCCUCCAUUGAGUGCAUUCACAUCAAAGGCACCAGAUGCUUCUAAGUUUGCAACUCCAGGUAAACCAAAGAAAGAGACAAACACAUCAGGAGCUCCUCCACUUUCUUCAUUCACAUCCAAGGCUCCCGAUGCAAAUAAGUUUGGCACUCCAGCACCUUUAGCCAAGAAGGAAGAGACAGGACACGCCGGACUUCCAGUCAGAGUACAGAGCCAGUUCAUCAAACCAGAAGUCCAAGAGAAGAAGGAAGAACCAGCCAAAGCAGCAGCUCCUUCUGGACCAGGAAAGGAACUCAAGGAAGUCCCACCUCCACCAGAUUCAUCCUUUGUUCCUCAGAAGCCAAUUGCAAAUGCAAACAAGUCUCCAAUCAGUUCCGCUCCUCACCCAGUUGCAGCAAAUCCAUCUCCAAAUACUGCUUCAAAGCCAAUCACUUUUGGUUCUGGUGCUGCAAAGCCAAACUCAGGCGCAUUCGGUUCAAAGGCAGGAACAACUGCAUUUGGUGCUCCAAAACCAACUUCAACAUUUUCAGCUGCGGGUUGGGGUAAGGCAGCAGUCGAUUUAAAGUCAGCUGAAACUAAACCAGCAGAAAACAAACCUGUUGUUGCAGCUAAACAAGCAGAGAACAAACCAGCUGAAACUAAGCCAGCCGAAAAGGGUGGAUUCCGUCCAUCAAACGGAUUCACACUCGGUGGAGAUAUCAAGCCAGAAGACUUAAAGCGUGCUUCCGGUGCUAAUUGGGGAAAGUUCGAACCACCAUCAGCCACAAAGACAACAAACGCUGCUCCAGCUGAAAAACCAGCCCUCGCUACAAAGCCACUAUUAGGCAGUGGAUUACCUCUUGGAAACAAGCCAGCAGGUACUUUAGCUGGUGGAUUAAAGGGAUUUGGUAGUAAAGGAAAGCCAGAUCUUAGAAGUCUUAACAUGAAAGGCGGCGUAGAACCAAAGAAGGAAGAAGAAGAACAGAAGAAAGAAGAGCCAAAGAAGGCUGAAGAAAAGCAGAAGAAGGAAGAGCCAAAGAAGGUUCCAUCCAAACAAUCUGUCGAGCCAAAGAAGGAAGGAGAAAGAGUUCACCGCCACCGCCAUCACAGAGAUCAGCCAGUUCCUCCUCCAUUCCCACAGCAGAUGCCACAGAUGCCAUACAUGUACCCACCAAUGCAGAUGCCUUACCCACAACUGCCAUUCAACAUGAUGGGAAUGCCACAAGCACAGCCACAACAGCUACCUCAGGGAAUGCCACAGAUCCAGAUGCCAAUCUCUCCAUUCAACCAGCCAAUCAUGGUCAUGAUGCAGCCAAUCUACAUCCCUUAUCCACAGAUGCCUCCAAUGGGUCCAAUGGGAAUGCCCCCACAAGAUUCUUCAGAUGUAGAGUACUUGAACGUUCCACAAGACGCGUUCAUUGAGGCUCAAAAGAUUGCUGGAGAAGGAAAGGAAGUCAAGAAGAAACACAUAAAGAAAGCGAUGAAGAAACUCGGCUAUUCAAAGUAA